AUUUUAAUAAACCUUAUCAAAUUCAGGCGGCUUCGGCAAACAGCAGCAAACAAUCGCGGAAGGUUCGUCGUGCUUCUUUUUUCCGUUUUGGUAUCUUUCUCAAAUAAAAAAAAGAAACAUCCUGUUGCUGACGAUAAGCGAACAAGCGAACGGUACGCCAAGCUAUACUCUGUUCUACGUGGAAGUGUUUGCCCGUGCGCUUUAUUCUAGUCAAGCAUCGAACUGUUGAAGCGGUUUGUUGCAACAACCCCCAUCUGUCUGAAGCCUGCUAGUGUCUGUGGGUGCAAAAAAAAAAGUUUGCGCUUCCGGAAAAGCGUAUGCACAAAUUGGCCACCUCCUCCUUGCUAGUGCGUAGCUGUGCGGUUGCUUUCUCAUCACCUCGUUCUUCACUGUUGCAAGUAGCUGGUAGACGGAGCGGUGUAUUUUCCACUGUUUUAAUCCGCCGCACCAAGUACGGUCGUCUCGCCAUGCCCGAAGCAGCUGCUACGUCCGAAACGCAGCGCCGUUUUACCUAUCCGGAGGCGCGCCGUGAUGAGUCGGUGGUGGAAGAGUUUCACGGUGUGAAGAUUGCCGAUCCGUACCGCUGGCUGGAGGAUCCGGAUGCGGCCGAAACGCAGGCGUACGUGGAGAAGCAGAACGAAAUCUCCAAACCGUUCCUGGACACGUGUCCCGAGUGGAAGAAGCUGAACGAAAAGCUGCGGAAGCGCUGGAACUAUCCGAAGUACUCGUGCCCGUUCAAGCACGGCAACAAGUACUUUUUCUUCAUGAACACGGGUCUGCAGAACCAGGAUGUGUUGUACGUGCAGGAUAAGCUGGAUGGUGAACCGAAGGUGUUUCUCGAUCCAAACACACUCUCGACCGAUGGCACGAUCGCGCUGGUAGGUUCACGCUUUUCCGACGACGGUAAACUUUACGCGUACGGGUUGAGCCAGAGCGGUUCCGAUUGGACCAAGCUGAAGAUUCGUAACGUCGAGACGGGUGAAGAUUUCCCGGAAACGAUCGAGCACACCAAGUUUGUGACGGCCUCCUGGACGAAGGACAAUAAAGGGUUCUUUUAUGCGCGCUAUCCGGUGGUCGACGGGAAGGCGGACGGAUCGGAAACGGCCGCUAAUGAGAAUCAAAAGCUGUACUACCACCGGGUCGGUGAGUCGCAGGAUAAGGAUGUGCUGAUAGCCGAGUUCCCGGAGGAACCCUCGUGGAGGCUGAUGCCGGAAGUUUCCGAUUGCGGUAAAUAUCUGAUGCUGUUCAUUAUGAAGGGCUGCAAGGACAUGCUGCUGUACUUUAGCAAUCUGGAGAAGGCGGGAACGCUCGAUUCGAAGCUUGACUUUGUGAAGGUGGUCACCGAGUUUGAUAGCGAUUAUGAUUACGUUACCAACGAAGGUAACAUAUUUUCGUUCCGCACGAACAAGGGCGCACCGAACUAUCGGAUCGUAAAUAUCGAUUUCGAGCAGCCCGAGAUGGAACACUGGAAAACGCUCGUCCCCGAACAUCCGAAGAACGUGCUCGAUUGGACGACGUGCGUCAACAAGGAUCGGAUCGUGCUCGGUUACAUCGAUGAUGUGAAAUCGAUGCUGGUGGUGCACAGCCUGGCGGACGGUAGCUUCGUUUCCAAGUUCCCACUGGCAAUUGGUACCGUGGCCGGGUUCAGUGGCAAGAAGAAGUAUUCGGAAAUUUUCUACCACUUUGUGUCGUUCCUAACGCCGGGCAUUAUUUACCAUUACGAUUUCGCGGGCAAGCAGGCCGAUGGAGCGACCGCAAUGGAGCCGACCGUCUUCCGGGAGGUGAAGAUCGAAGACUUUGACAACAGUCAGUACGUGGUGGAGCAGAUCUUUUACCACAGCAAGGAUGGCGAAAAGGUGCCAAUGUUUAUCGUGCAGCGCAAGCAGGAAAGGAAGGAACACAAACCGUGUCUGCUGUACGGGUACGGUGGGUUUAACAUUUGCGUGCAGCCAUCGUUCAGCAUUACGGGGCUGGUGUUUAUCGACUCGUUCGACGGUAUACUGGCGUACCCGAACAUUCGGGGUGGUGGCGAGUACGGUGAACGGUGGCACAAUGCUGGCCGCCUGUUGAAGAAGCAGAAUGUGUUUGAUGAUUUUCAGCACGCCUCGCAGUAUUUGGUGGAGCACGGUUACACCACGCACGAUAAGAUUGCGAUCCAGGGUGGUUCGAAUGGAGGGUUGCUCGUAGGGGCGUGUAUCAACCAGCGUCCGGAUCUGUUCGGAGCUGCCAUUGCGCAAGUUGGCGUGAUGGAUAUGCUGCGCUUCCACAAAUUCACCAUCGGACGUGCCUGGGUGUCGGACUACGGCGAUAUGAACGAGAAGGAGCACUUUGAAAAUUUGCUCCGCUACUCACCGCUGCACAACGUGCGCACACCCACCACGGAAAAGGAGCAGUACCCGGCGACGCUCGUGCUGACGGCCGACCACGACGAUCGCGUCAGCCCGCUGCACUCGCUCAAGUUCGUUGCCGCCCUGCACCAUGCCAUCAAAGAUUGUGAAUACCAAAAAAAUCCACUGCUGCUGCGCGUGUACAGCAAGGCGGGCCACGGUAUGGGCAAACCGACGGCCAAGAAGAUCGAGGAAGCGACCGACAUCCUUACCUUCAUGUACAAGACGCUCGGGUUGAAGCUUUCGUUUUAAAAGAACCAACCGAACGCGUACAGGAAACACGGAUAGUAGCAGCACAUGGUAGUUUCAGCCCCUCAACCUUUUAUGUGACAUUUGUUUAGUUUUGUUUUGUUUGUUUGGUUGGCGCAACAAAAUUAACUCUCAUCUGCAUAUUGUAAUAAUUACUCGAUUUUGUUUUGGCUUAAGAUGCACUCUUUACAAAUAACAAGGCGGCUUCGAGUGCGUGCGUGCGUGUGUGAACGCUUUUGCAUCGUUUGUCAUCAUUAGCGAUUGAUUUGUGGAGGAAAAAAGGCGAAAAAUAAAGUAUUGUUUAAAACUGAA